GCGUGUGCCGCCCUGAUCAGUUCAAGUGCGCCAACGGCCGCUGCAUAGACGAGACGUGGCGGUGCGACGGAGACAAGGACUGUUAUGACGGCGACGACAGCGACGAGGACGGCUGUGCUAACCGGCCACCCGACGUCCCCCGCUUGACUGUCAGGCCGGCCGUGACCUCCGCCAGCGUUUCUUGGACGAAGCGGAGGCAGCAAUUUUUCAACGUAACUCUGGCAAUGAAAUCAAGAGAAGAUUGUGCUACAAAGAAGCCCGACGCUGGUCAGCAUUUUCACAAAUUAAGCACGGCUAAACUGGAGCUGACGCAGCUGCAGGCGUACACUGAGUACGAGGUGUGCGUGUACGCAUAUAACGAGGGCGGAAUGAACAUGAAGUGUGAAGUGUUUGAGACCCUGCAGGACAAAGCUCCUGGGCCUGUGGAGGAGUUGACCUCUUCCACGACGUCCACUUCCAUCAGCCUGCGGUGGAGGAAACCUUGUCCUCCCAUGGCCGCCAUCAGGGGCUACCGCGUCAAGGUGGCUACAACCCUUCACUACGUCCAAGCGUCGGAGUGCAGCGACAGCGCUGCCCAUUUCUGCCAAACAAUCCCGGGACUUCAACCUGAACGCACGUACAGCAUUGAG